AUGGGAAAUAAACCUCCUGGUAAACUUCGGCAAGCUGAUUUAGACUAUUUUCGUCAUAUGACGACAUUUACCGAUGCAGAAAUAAAAGAAUGGUAUAAAUGUUUUCAUAAAGAUUGUCCAAGUGGACAAUUAACAUUUGAUGAAUUUAAAAAAAUUUAUGCACAAUUUUUUCCUGCUGGUGAUUCUUCAGCUUUUGCUGAACAUGUUUUUCGACGUUUUGAUGCUGAUCGUAAUCAACAAAUAUCAUUUCGAGAAUUUCUUACUGCAUUAAGUAUUACAUCUAAAGGAAAUUUAGAUGAAAAACUUAAUUGGGCAUUUGGUCUUUAUGAUACAAAUGGAGAUGGAUUUAUAACAAAAGAUGAAAUGCUUGAAAUUAUUACUGCAAUCUAUCAAAUGGUUGGUUCAGUUAUUAAAAUGCCUGAAGAUGAAUCUACACCUGAGAAAAGAACUGAUAAAAUUUUUCGUACAUUUGAUACUGAUCAUGAUGGAAAAUUAACACGUGAAGAAUUUAUUCAAGGUGCUAAAUCAGAUCCGUCCAUUAUUCGUUUAUUACAAUGUGAUCCAACAUAA